AUGCUGUCGCACUAUCCGCUCCUUUCCUUCGUCCCGGCUGCUCUCGCAUACUUCGACACAUCCGGAUUUCGCCCGUUUGGACCUGGCUACAAUCACGGUGCAUAUCCAGAGGACUAUGGCGUGACAGGACCCCCACUCGACGCGGUGCACGACUCACAGAACGCGCCUACUGGCCUGGCCGUGGACGACGACCACAGAGUAUACCUAACCUACCCUCGUAACUCAGGCCAGACACCCAACAACGUGGUGAUCUGCACAACCUUCAAUGAUGAGGAACCUUGGCCAAAUGCUGCGUUUCAGAACUGCACAGAAGACCAAGACCCCUCAACAUGUUUCGUCAACGUGCAGAAUAUAGUUCUGGACAGCAUAGGCCAGCUUUGGGUGGUGGACAGCGGCAUUCCUUAUACAGCUGAGCCAGGUAGCGAUGCUCUCUAUGGAGGGGCGAAGAUCAUGUCAUUCAACCAGUCGGGCCAGCACAUCCGCACCUACAUCUUAAGCCAGGAUGUGCUCGCGCAUGGUAUGAAUGCGAACGACGUGCGGAUCAACAACACGCUGGGCACCAAUGGCUACGCUUUCAUCACCGAUGAGUCUACCACAAUUCCUCAAUUCUGGCCAGCUGAUGAAGGUUAUGUUGGUUCGUACGAUGGGGAACUGGUGUAUUGCUGGAACGGGACGCAGAGGAACUUCUGCACAACAGGCGCUGACGGUAUAGCACUUGCAAGCGGAAACUUCUACUGGGGGGUUCUCGCUUCCAGGAGAUUCUAUUACGUCCCUCAAAGCAUUGUCAUUGAUCCGAAUGCCACCGACGCAGACGUGCUUGCAGCUGUCCAAGAUCCGGGACAGUGCGCAUCGGAGCAAGCAGGCUUCACUGCAGAUGAUCUUGGACGUGUCUACAUCUUCGCUUCGGAGCAGAAUGCGAUCUACUAUGUCGAUACUCAGCAGUCGGAAGUCACGGAGACGGUGAACGAUACUCCUCCAGGUGGCUCCGGUCUGGUGCCAGCAGAGAACUAUGUUGUGAAGACGCUGGUUCGAAAUGGAAUGAUCCAACAUGCAGACUCCGGUGCGAUCAAAGAUGGAUGGCUAUACUUCGGUACGAACCAACUGAAUUGUCACCGGGUAGGCAGUACAAUAACACCGAUGCACGUCGCGGUCCCUUUCGUUCGUUCAGGGUAUGGAUUGAUGGACGAGGGCCUGCAGCGUAGAUAG